AUGGGAAAGACAGGAAGAAAUAGAAAAAUUUCGUUUUAUUCACUACAAGCGAGUGCCAAUGCCAAAUACGAAUGGUUCUGGAAGCAAGGAGGUAGAAUUAAAAGUUGGAAGAAACGUCUCUUUGUCAUUCACGAUCAUACUUUAUUUUACUUUUCCUCCGAAGAAGAUACUGAACCGAAAGGAGCCAUUGUUUUAAAAGGAGCUAGUGUUGAAUUGACCAAUUCUGGGGAUACCAUAAAGAAUGGUAAGAAACCACCUUCAGAAAAUGGACAAAAUUUGGAUUAUUGUUCUGUUGUGGUAAAGACACCAUUCAGAUCUUAUUGGUUAUUGAAUAGUGAGGAAAAGAUUGUGAGAGAGUGGGUUGACUAUUUGAAUUUGGUUAUAAAGGAGGGUCAAAUUCAAGUAAUGGAUCAAAAUACUUCAAAUCAAACAUCUAAAAAGAUGGGUUGGUUGAUUAAAUCAGGUGGAAAAUUGAAGAAUUCAUGGAAACAAAGAUUUUUCGUUUUGAGGAAUGACAUGUUGUACUAUUACAAACCAAAAUCUGAUCCAAAUGAAAAGGAUAGUGGAAGAGAUCCAUCAGAUAGUAAUAUUUUGACAAGUACUCAGAUUGUUAACAUUUCAGAUUUGGAUUUUAAAUUGCAAAAUAUGAUUGCACAAGGAGUAGUGACAUUUUAUAAUGCAACUACGAGAUUUAAACAAAAUCAAGCUAAAAAGAAGAAAAAGACAAAGAAUGCUGAAGAUUUAUUGAUGGAAAUUGAAGAAUCGAGUAAGAGAGAUCGUUCCAGAUCUGUCAGUUCCAGAAUUAGUAUAUCAGAUCAGAGAAGAUUCUCACUCACGAAUACUUUUACUGCUCUUUCAGGUGCUUCUGGUUUUAUCAUUCCUCAAGAGCCAUUUGAUAAUGAUUUCCAAAAAUCGUGGUUUCCAUUCGAAAUUCAAAAUGCCAAUCGUACCUAUGCAAUUUAUGCCAAAACUCAAGAUGAUUGUGAUGAAUGGUUAAUGUUUAUUUUCGAAAGUAUUUUGAAUGUAAUGGGAGAAAUGGCUCACUUUAUCAAAAUUGGAAAUUCUGGAAAGUUUGGAGAUGCUGAUGAGGAUACAGAUUCUACUCCAGAGCCAUCCCCAGCAGACAGUUCAAUUUUGAGUGAAUCAAGAAAGAGUUUACCAAGUGUUGAAUCCUUCCUGAGUAGGGAGAGUUCUGCUGUUUCAGAAAUAGAGGAUACUCAAAACAUGACACCUCAACCAAUAUCUGUCAUAUCGGAAACUUUAUUUGAUGAACUUCAAAGAAGAAAAGCUGAUGAAAGGCUAAUUAGCUCUCUUAGAAAAUCCAAGAAGAGAGAUUCUGUCACUUUUAAAGGUUCUUUCAGUGAGAAAUUUACUUUCAUUUCUAGUGAACAAGCACUGUUGGCAGAGAUGGUUCCAAUCAGAUUCUACCUCUACAAUGGUAUUUAUACUGAAUUGCAAACACUUGCUAUUGACCAACCUUUGGAAAUUAGAGGUUCUUCAUUAGAGAAUUGUGUAAUUGAAAUGCACAGCUCUAAAUAUUGUGAACCAAUGAUCAAGAUUAAUAGUGAAAAUGUGAGAUUUAAGAAUGUCACUUUGAAACUCGUCUCUCAACUCUCGAAUGAACAAAUUGAAAUGCAAAACAGAUAUAAUAAUUCACAUCAAUCUGGAAAGAACAAACACUCGCCAAAGGAUAACAGAACACCUUGUGUAAUAUUCAUUGAGAAUGGAAGUUUAUUAAUGGAGGGAUGCUCAAUUAUUUAUGAAGACAAGACUGAUCCAGAAGUUUAUGUGGAAAAUGAAUAUUCUCAAGGAGGUUCUUGUUGUGUAUUUGCAACCAAUAAUUCUAAUUGUGUGACUUUGGAUUGCUCCUUAAAUAAUGCUCAUUAUGGUAUUGUUACGAGUGGCAAUGCUAGUGCUGUUUGUUUUGGAGGAAAUAUUAAAUCAAAACUUGGACCAUUCCUCAAUUUGGAUGAAACAUCUAGCUCGAGAAAUUACAAUGUCACAAUUUCUGCCUCAAAACAUAAAUAA